ACAAAUUUGAUUCUAUCCCACUUGUAUUAUUAACUUAAAAUGGCUGAUGUACUGGACAUUGACAACGCCGAGGAGUUUGAGGUCGACGAGGACGGCGACCAGGGCAUAGUGCGCUUGAAGGAAAAGGCCAAGCACCGAAAAGGACGCGGUUUUGGGAAUGACAGCAGUAUCCGCGAGGCUAUACACAGCUAUGAAAGGGUACGAAACGAGGACGACGACGAGCUCGAACCGGGUCCCCAGCGCUCUGUCGAGGGAUGGAUACUGUUUGUGACGUCCAUACACGAGGAGGCCCAGGAAGACGAAAUUCAGGAGAAGUUCUGCGACUACGGUGAGAUAAAGAAUAUACAUUUGAAUCUGGAUCGUCGAACCGGCUUCUCCAAAGGCUACGCUCUCGUUGAGUACGAGACCCACAAGCAGGCGCUAGCCGCUAAAGAGGCUCUUAAUGGUGCCGAAAUCAUGGGACAGACUAUCCAAGUGGACUGGUGCUUUGUGAAGGGACCUAAGCGUGUGAAAAAGUCCGAGAAGCGUCGCAGAUAGGCGGGCGGUCAACGAAGACUGAACUUCCAGCCAAACGAAUACAUUUUCAAUUAGUUUAAUGCUUAGGCGGCAACAGUAUAACGUCUACACUCAAAUGAAAUAAAGAAAGUUGACACUUAACAUAAAAUCCGAA